UUUACGGAUAUUUAUCAGAUUGUGGAGGUGAUUGGGAUGGAUGCCUGGGAUGCCCAAGUAUCGGUGUAUGGAGAAGCCACAGAGGGGGCACAGUACCUCAACAUGCAGUGUGUUGAUACCAGCAUCACCCUCACAUUUGGCUGUGCUCGCAUUGUAUUUCUCAACAAAUUUGUUUCGGAUGUACUGAAUUGGGUUGACAAGUUCCAAUCUGCAAAGGCAGCUGUUGCUUCAGCAAGUGUAGCUGCUGCAGCAGCUGCUCAGGCCACAUUACAAGAAGCAUAUGAGCAGUGUUCACGCAUCAGCCUCUCACUCACCCUUAGGGCCCCUCUGAUCCUCAUUCCUCAAGACUCGUGCAGUUUGUCUGGGCUCAUGGUUGACUUAGGACAAAUCACAAUUAACAACAAAUUUGAGAUGGGUCAGGAGAGGAAUGAAUUGGGGUAUCCAGCUAUUUAUGACAUGAUCAACUUGGAACUUCACAAUAUUAAGUUAUCCAGGGUAGAACUGACAACCAGAGGAACAAUGAAACGAGAAUACGAAUUGUUGCAGCCCAUCUCUCUCACUCUCACCAUCUGCAGGAACCUCACCAUCUCCUGGCAUAAACAGCGUCCAGAAAUAGAAGUUCAAGCAAAGGUUGCUCCUGUUAAGGUGAUAUAUCAUGUACUGUCAUCCUUUAUAUUUUUACAACCAUGAUUGGUUUAUUACGGU